AUGACUCAUUUUCACUCUGACGCUUUGGAGAACGGACGACCCAUUCCUCCCAAAACACAGCCAAUUCUGUGCCUUUCCAUUUCUGAGAGCUUUCACCUCUUGUCUCCGAUACUAAUGGAAGGCUCCUCCAAUGAACGUCUUGAUUUUGGGAAGAUGGGUUAUGGAUGCAAGCAUUAUAGAAGAAGAUGCAAGAUUAGAGCUCCUUGCUGUAACGAGAUGUAUGAUUGUCGUCAUUGUCAUAAUGAGGCCACGAGCUUGUUGAGCAACCAUGGUGAUCGGCACGAACUUGUUCGGUUUGAUGUUAAGCAAGUUAUUUGUGCAGUGUGCGACACAGAGCAGCCGGUUGCUCGUGUCUGUACUAACUGCGGUGUCAGUAUGGGAGCAUAUUUCUGUGAAUUGUGCAAAUUCUACGAUGAUGAUGUAAUUAAACUUGGACACCUUGUUAUCUACUGA